AUGCUGCAGCUCGUGCUCCUCGCCGCCCUCGCCCUCUGCGGCCGCUGCUCUGAGCAGGACCUUGAUGGGGUGCAACGUGUGGUCGGGGGGACCGAGGCUCGCUCGCACUCCUGGCCCUCCCAGAUCUCCCUCCAGUAUUACUCCGGUGGCAGUUGGCAUCACACCUGCGGAGGGUCCCUCAUCCAGAGGAACUGGGUGAUGACGGCAGCCCACUGCGUGGACCGGAACAUGAAUUUCCGCGUUGUGGCUGGGGAUCACAACCUCUACUCGAACGAUGGCAGCGAGCAGACCUUCAGCGUGAGCAAGAUCAUCAUCCAUCCCUACUGGAACAGCAACAAUGCCGCGGGGGGCUACGACAUCGCCCUGAUCCGCCUGUCCAGCUACGCCACCCUCAACAGCUACGUGCAGCUGGCGGUGCUGCCCCAGGAGGGGUCGAUCCUGCCCAACAACUACCCCUGCUACAUCACGGGCUGGGGUCUCACCCGCACCAACGGGCAGCUCUCCAGCGUCCUGCUGCAGGCCUACCUGCCCGUGGUGGACUACCAGAUCUGCUCCAGCCCCUCUUACUGGGGCUCCACCGUCAAGACCACCAUGGUCUGCGCCGGCGGUGACGGCGUACGCUCCGGCUGCCAGGGCGAUUCGGGCGGUCCCCUCCACUGCGCCGUGAACGGGCAGUACCAGGUCCACGGCGUCACCAGCUUCGUCUCCGGGCUGGGCUGCAACGUCGAGCGCAAACCCACAGUCUUCACCCGUGUGUCCGCCUACGUCUCCUGGAUGACGAACGUAAGGCAACGGCAGGGCUUGGGCAGCCGGGGACUGAGACCUGGCACCGUCAUUGCACCAGUGCACAGGCCCUGUCCCUGCUCGGCUCAGCCGCUGCCGUUCUCCUCCUCCCAGGUGAUGGCCCAGAACUGA